GUGAAACCUCGUCGGCAUUGCAGAAAGACGCCAUCGACCACCGACAUGAACGCGAAAGGCUCGCCAGCUGCCCAGGGCUCCAGCGUCCCGGCGCUACCUCCCAAUGUAACCAUCUUCUCUCCAGCGAAGCCUAGCACCGCUGAGGCUCUGCUGAACGGCCACAUCUUCACCCGACUUACGGCCAACGCCCAGGCCGAGCCCUCGAAGCUUGCAGCAGCGCUCAAGGACGGGUCUCGCCACGCGGUCGACGACACUUUCUGCUUCAGCCACGGCAACGUGGUGCUCAUCUUCGACGCGGAGAGGGACGGCGUGGAUGUGACUGAUGCGCAUCACGAGCACUUCCGCCAGGUCUGCCUGGCGCUGAAGGACGCAGACAUCAGCCUCGAUGUGGCUGGUUGCAUAUUCGAUUCUCCCAGUGCUUUGCAGGCAGGCUUUCAACUUGACACGCUGAGCUCGGGCUCAAUUCUCGUCAUUGACCUGAUGGGAGGAGACGACCAAGACUCCGACGAUGAAGAUGACGAGGCUGCCGCCGAGAAGCUCUUGAUGAGUGGAGACUCGGGAGCGACGACGUCGUGAAACCCUGCGUUGUCAAGCUCAGAUAACCUUCCCCAUCAUCUCGCGCACGCUGUGGCUGAAGGCUCCAACGGAACCAGGGCCAUACUCUAUUUGCCAAUUUUUCUUAGGCUCCCAAGAGCCAAGACUUGGCGAUGUUACUCCGCGGCCGUGUCCAGGGAACCCCGCAAAACGGUUAUACACACUGAAAAAAAAAGAAGAAGAAAAAAAAG